AUGUCUGACGGCCUUGAAACUGCUUUGGCCAAAAUCAGGCCGCAUACUUCCUCCAAUCUCGCCCACCAAAAGGCACCGGCCACACUCUUGCACGCUCUUGAGGCCACCUUCGACGAGCAAAAGUCUGAAAAGUCCCCAACGGCAUAUUUCGCCGCACUCCUCACUACUCUCGAUGGAACUCUCCAGAAUGAAAAGUCGUCAGGACCUGCUCUCGGCGACAGCGAUCUCCUGCCCGCAGAACUUUACCUCCUAGCUCUUGUCGCACCCUUCGCUCCCCACCCUGUCAUCCGGGCCAAUGUCAACACCAUUCUUUCUCUUACCGCCCCAUUAUUUCCCAUCCUCAGCAAACAUGCACCUCCUCUUCGAUCACAACUUGGCUUAUAUGACGCCGUCCUCAAGGUCCUCGAUCGCUCUCAGCUCGAGGUUCAAGCCGUCCGCCAGUCCUUCGCAUCUAUACUCCAACUCUGCCUCGAUCCACGGCCCAAGGUCCGUAAAAGAGCAGCAGAAGUCAUCAAGGAAGUUUUGGCAUCCCCUCCAAGUCCACUCGCACUCCAUCCGUACGCGGAGAGGGUUGCCGAAUGGGUCAAGUCUAUUUUGACAGACGUGAAUGCGAAUGCGCUACCAAAAUCCAAGGCGCAGAGGACGGAUGUAGAAAGUGGGGAGGUCGGCAUACAUCUGUUGGCCUUUUUGAGGCUUGUUCUGUUCAAGCUUCCUCCAUCGUCACUCCCCUCUAUCGUCCCUCUGCUGCUCUCACUGCCUCGUCUUGGGAAUCCAUUUCUCUCCCAAACAGCCUACUCCAUCCUGUCAGAACUCCUGUCCGUUCCCGAUGAUGAUUCAGAGGUUAACGUAUCCGACGAAGUACCUGAUAUUCUCAAAGCCGUCCUAUCCUCCCCUCCCCCUAAGACCGAUGCAACCUUGGCUCCUGCAUGGUUAGGGGUACUCGGCAAUACCAUGGUAGCUUUCAAAAGUGCUGACGCCGAUGCCUCAUCGGCGCAGCUAGGGAAAGCCUGGAAGGCUAUGUGGCCCUUCCUUGAAUCCAAUGAUCUAUCCAUUCGCAAUGCCUCCGCCGAAUCGCUGGGUCUCUUAGCUAAAUGCUUCACGCCAGCCCUCAUCACACCAGCCAUAAGGGAAUCGAACAAAUCCGACGGUGGCGAACCCAAGACUCAGCUGAACAAGAUCAUAUCCCAGACGGACAAGGCACUCGAAUCGCUGGCAUUUGCGCGCUCAAUGCCUCAGCUGCUCUCCGUCAUUUCCUCGCUGCUCUUAAACCUCCGGUAUAGGGACUCUCCUGCGGCCUCCACGGCCGCAGAAAUAUUGCUUCUGCCGAUCGUGAAGAAAAUUGGGGACCUUCGUCUGCAAAAAGACUUUGAGCACAAGGAGUCGGUUGAUGCGACCCUCGGCAGUGCGAUGUCCGUAAUGGGACCACAAGUGUUGUUGAGGGUCCUCCCCUUGAACUUAGAGCCUGCUGACCGUUCAGCAGGCCGCGAACCUCGGGCCUUCCUCCUUCCCCUCCUCACUCAACCCCAUUCAUCUCCUCUUUCCCACUUCGUGUCCUACUUCGUCCCUCUCACGGAACGGAUGUUCGAACUCCAUCAAAAGGCGGAUGCGGAAGGACGACAGGCUGAAGCGAAAGUUUGGACGGUUCUCAUCGCCCAGAUUUGGGCUGGUCUGCCGAGCUAUUGUUGGGCCCCUGUCGACCUCCGUAAGUCCCUGGAUGCUGCCUUCUCUCAACUGCUCUCCGGGCUCCUCUACAACCAACCCGAGCUACGCCCGCCCAUUCUCAGGGCCCUGAAACUCCUCAUCGAGUCCAACAAGACCCUUGCCUCCUCGGAUCAAGCCCUCAUCGCGAAAUCACCUGCGUUAUCCCGCGUUGACGCUAUCUCCACCGAUGAUGCCGCUCAAAACCUUGAAUUUUUGCGUGGGCAGGCGGAGAGUUGGUUGGCCGUGUUGUUUAAUGUGUUCGGGAGCGUGAACCGCGAUGCACGGGGUAUUGUUGGCGACGUGAUCAGUUCUUGGGCAAGCAUCGCUGGUGAACAGGCAACCAGUCAAGCAUUCCGCAAAGUCGUGAGCCUCUUCAAGACUAACGUCGCCAAGCCGCAACCAGCCCGAGGCCCCGAUGGCGGCAGCGUGAUCGCCAUGACGCAGGACAUCAUGCUCCUGCUCCUACCUUACCUGUCCGCCACAGACAGCACGGCGCUGUUCGAGCUCUGUCUCACGCACGAAGUCAUCACCAAUCAGGACAACGGCGUUCAGAAGCGAGGAUACAAGAUUCUAGCUAAGUUGGUGGAAGGCGGCAAGCUCUCAACAUUGGACGUGGACUCGGUCGUGAAGAAACUGGACGAAUUAUCGGACGGGUUGGCGCCUGCGGCGAAGAAGGACCGAUUCCAUCUCUACACGAACCUUCUGCCUACAAUCCCAUCCAAUGGUCUACACAUCAUUCCGUCGCUCAUUCCGGAAGCCGUUCUCGGGACGAAGGAGCCUUCUGAGAAGGCUCGUAGUGCCGCAUUCGAUUUGAUCGUGGCAAUGGCGAAGAAGAUGAGCGAUGGAGGUGUAGUGAACCGUAAUAUGGUGGACGGAAUGGAUGUGGAGGAGGCUAAAGCGAGCGUUGAGGAAUAUUUGACGAUGAUCGCUGGUGGUCUCGCUGGAGCAACUCCUCACAUGAUCAGCGCAAGCAUCACCGCUAUUUCACGCGUUGUCUUCGAAUUCAAAGACUCUAUCACCCCUACCAUGCACACCGAAAUCUUCACGACCAUCAUGGUCUUCCUCACUUCGACUAACCGCGAGAUCGUUAAAUCGACACUCGGCUUCGUCAAGCUCUCCAUACACACCCUCCCGCUUGAUCUCAUCCGCCCACACCUGCCACAACUCGUCCCUGCUCUGCUCGGUUGGUCACACGACCACAAGAACCAUUUCAAAGAGAAAGUCAGACACAUAUUCGAGAGGAUGCUCAGAAGGUUCAAGUGGGACGAGGUCUACGGGUGUGCAGAGGGAGAGGAGGCCGCCAAGAUGUUGGUGAACAUCAGAAAGAGGAAGGAGAGGGCGAAGAAGAAGCGAGCCGCUGCCGCUGAGGAAGAAGAUGGCGACGAGAAACCCACCGGAAGGCCAGCUACCGGAGACGCCUUCGAAGACGUGUUGUACGGCAGCGAAAGCGAGCUAGACGACAGCGACGAAGAAGGCGAAGCUCCCCAGCGGUCGGCGACCGCAGGAAAACAGCGUAAAGGUGGAGACUACGCAGCACGCCUGCGGGUCGACGAUGAUGAGCCGAUGGAUCUUCUCGCUGGCGCCGCAUCACGCAUCACAAGUAAAUAUUUCUCUCGGAGACGGAAACCAGGUCAAGACGCCGCGCGCUUCAAAACGGACGACGACACCGGAAAGAUGAUCAUUGACGAAGACGCCGACUCUGAUGACGACGCCGGUGGCGCUCGUGCUCAGGAGGACGUCGAGGGCACAGCCUAUCGGGAGGCCAUCACCUCUGCCGACGGUUUCACGAGAGGCCCGAACGGGCGAAUCAAGUUCAACAAGGACACCAAGAAGAGGCGGAGAGAGAACAGGGACGAGGGAGACGGUGACGUGGAGAUGGGUGAUGCGGAUGGUAAAGCUGUGGCCCGACCAGGUAAGAAGAGGACGGAGGAGAAGUUAGGGAGAGAGUUCAAGGCGAAGAAAGCUGGAGGAGACGUUAAAAAGGGAGGCGUGGAUCCUUAUGCAUAUCUUCCGCUGUCGCAAGCAGCCAAAAAGGGAGCCAAACACAGCCGCCUUGGCGUCGCUGGCAAACGAUAA